AUGGCUAAGCAACCCAGUGAUGAGGCCUUGGUCUCUUCGCUAUGGACCAGAUCCCUACUCUCUGGCGCUCUCGCCGGUCUCACUGUAGACUGCUCCCUCUAUCCCCUUGACACCAUCAAGACCCGACUCCAAAAGGCACGCGACACCAGCGCACCCCAAGCUUCACGAGCCCUGUCCCUCCGUCAAACAAUACGCGGCAUCUACGCCGGUCUCCCCUCCGUCCUCUUCGGCUCCGCACCCUCUGCCGCCUCCUUCUUCAUAGUCUACGACAGCCUUAAACGCACCCUUCUCCCCCCGAACUCCACUGACACUCCCUCCCGCGCAUACAUCCUAUUCACUCACUCCAUCGCUUCCUCCCUCGGUGAAAUCGCCGCCUGUGCCGUACGCGUCCCAACCGAGAUAACCAAGCAACGCGCCCAAGCCGGCCUCUUCGGCGGCUCAAGCCUUCUCGCCCUAAAAGACAUCCUAUCUCUCCGCCAUGCUACACCCGACUCCGCCCAGUCUCCAGGUAUGGACCCCGUGAAACGGGGCUACGGCCAGGUUCUCCGUGAGCUCUACCGGGGAACGGGUAUUACUAUCGCCCGUGAAAUCCCAUUUACGGUUCUACAGUUCACUAUGUGGGAAUCUAUGAAAGAGGCAUAUUCAAACCGCUACCUGCGACCUCUGACGAGCGCGAAGUCUGUUACUGAAACCCAGAUCCCGGCGUCGACGAGCGCUAUGUUUGGUAGUGUGGCUGGUGCCAUUGCUGCUGGUCUGACGACUCCGUUGGAUGUUAUUAAGACUCGCGUAAUGCUUGCGCGUGGAGGUGCAGAUGCGCCCGUGCGGGUCAAGCAGAUUGUGCGUGAGAUUGCGCAGGAAGGUAUGGGUGCUUUUUGGCGUGGAAUUGGGCCCCGAGUUGCUUGGAUUGGCAUUGGAGGUGCGGUGUUCUUGGGUAGUUAUCAGUGGGCGUAUAAUACAUUAGAGGGGAAGAGGGAGGAGAGGGAAAGAGAACUGGAGUAA